GACUUUUUCAUAAAUAUGUUAUGUUAUGAAAGUUAGAAAAUGAUACACCAGCUAUAAGAAGACUGUUUGUACUCAAUUUUCGAGAGUACUUUGUGUAAAAGUUUGUAGAUUAACACGCUUUCUUAAUCUAAACGUAUAAUACAUAGUAUUUUCCAACACAACUUAAAUCUUAAAAGCAAGACAAAAUGGCAGUUCUGACAUGUAUGAAGAUUUCAACCCGCUGUUGCUCCUCGUUAUUGAAAAAUUUAAACACACUGAACAGAUCUUUUUCAAAUCGAGCUUUCCACAAUGUGUGCAUUACAAAAUGUAAAACAGUGUUACAAAAACAAAUACAUAGUGACAAAGUAAUAAUUUAUAGACAGCUUACUACAAAACAAAGUAACCAAAAUAAUCACAGAAGUACAAUAAUGUAUGCUAUGGCUGGUGGGAUAUUUAUGAUAGGUGCAGCCUAUGCAAUGGUACCAUUAUACAGAAUACUUUGUCAAGCAACAGGAGUUGGGGGCACUGCAGUGGCUGGUAAAACAGAGAAAGUUGAAAUGAUGAAACCUGUAAGAGAUAGACCAAUCGUUAUAAGGUUUUCUGCAGAGAAAUAUGCCUCUAUGCAGUGGAACUUCAAACCACAACAAACAGAAGUCAAGGUUGUGCCUGGUGAAACAGCCUUAGCUUUCUACAAAGCAACAAACCCAACAGACAAACCUAUAAUAGGUAUAUCUACAUACAGCAUAGAGCCUUGGGAAGCUGGACAAUACUUCAAUAAAAUACAAUGUUUCUGUUUUGAAGAACAAAGAUUAAAUCCAAAGGAAGAGGUUGAUAUGCCAGUGUUUUUCUUCAUUGAUCCAGAGUUUAUGGAGGACCCUUUCAUGGACAAAGUAGAGGAGAUAAUGUUAUCAUACACAUUUUUUGAGGCAAAAGACUCUGAUAAGUUACCCUACCCUGGGUUUCCCACUCCAAAAGUUGAGGCUAUGUAAUAUGGUGUAAAUAAAUUAUUUAUAAUAUU